ACACCCUGAACGUCACUCUGCUUCAGCAGCGAGACCCAUUGGACCGGAGCCACCAGAGACCGGUCAGAACCGAAACACGGGUCCAACAGAACCAGAGCAGACCCAGAAGAGCUGCAGGAGGAGGAAAGCAGAAGUUUAAAGAGGUAAAAGGAGAAGACAGUGGAGACAGACGAAACCCGGACCUCUGACCAGAACCAGAACCAGGGAGGCGGUGCAGAAACCCUGAGGACGGUGGAGCAGCGGGUGGAGCGCGAUGGAGGAGGACAUCAGGAAGCAGGGGAUGCUCUUCCUCCAGCAGCAGCGAUUCGGGAAGAAGUGGAAGCGGGUGUGGUGCGUCCUGUACCGGGAGAGCUCCUGCUCCAUCUCCAGGAUGGAGUUCUUUGAGUGUAAAGACGGAGGCAACGUGGAGAAGAACGACAAGACUCUGCGCAAGCAGCAGGAGAGCAAGAAGGUGAUCCGGCUGGCGGACUGCAUACGGGUCUCGGAGGUGGAGGUGGACGGCGGGCCGCGCGACACCGGGGCCUUCCUGGUGGAAACCACGGAGAAGAUGUUCGUGUUCGCCGCGGAUCGGAACCAGCUGGACGACUGGACCCAUCGGCUGUGUGAGGUCGCCUUCCCUAUGAGCUGGACGGAGGGCGGAGCCAAGAGAGGCAGCCUGCAGAGAGGAAACCGGGUGGAGGAAGAGGAGGGCAUGGAGGACAACUCCCUGUACAGCGGCCGAGAGAAAGUGCGGGACUUCAAAGUAUCUGUCCGGAGGACGGAUGCGUCGGAUCGGUGCCGGCUGAAGGGGGACGGUGUCCUGAGAGCAGACAUGGACGCACUGCACCUGAUGGACAAGACGGGGGACAUCCUGUACACCUGGCCGUACAGGUACCUGCGGCGCUUCGGACGGGACAAGUCCACCUUCUCCUUCGAGGCGGGUCGCAGGUGUGACUCCGGCGAGGGAAGCUUCGAGUUCGACACCAAACAGGGAAACCUGCUGUUCCAGGCCGUCGAGGCUGCCAUCAACCUGCAGAAGAUCUCCCUCCCCCACAGACAGACCUCUGGAGGGGGCCCGAUGCCUCCAGAACCCGGCCCCAACCACCACAACCUCACCCUGCCAGCCCCGCCCGCUAACCCCGCGCUGGGCCACAGCCGGACGCCGCCGCCACAGAAGCAGCCCCGCGUCCAGGUCCAACAGGGUGAUGAAGGUGUGUACAGCAUGGUGACGGAGCCUCAACACCUGCAGAAGAUCCAUAACAAAGAUGCUGAGAGCUCCAACUCUUCACAGCAGCAGCAGCGCCCUCAGCUGGCCUGUCUGGAGCCUCCGGUGGAUAAAAUGCUGACCGGCGUGAAGAGUUUGACCCUGGACACCCGCGGCCUCCCCGUCCCCAGGAAGAGCCAGGUGAAGAUGAUCUCCAGCUGCCCGUUGCCCAACGCCAGCCCCGAAUCGGGCGGCAGCCAGCUGUCUGGCCCCGCCUCCAGCGCCCGCCUCAGUCCCAAACUCGGCUCCAACCCCAACCUGGAGCAGACCUACUCCCAGAUCAGCAUGGCGGAUGUCGCUGGGCGCGCCACCAAGAAGGACAAGAAGGGCAGUGGCGCUGUGGUGAUGGGCAGGGAUCCGGACUACUCGCUGCCCUUCGACACCCUCUCCUCCAACAUCAUGUCAAACAUCCUGGCGGCGGAUCAGGGCGGUCCGGGUGCUGACCCGCUCUACGACAGCAUCGACGAGCUGAAGGUCCGGAACAUCUUCCGGAGUGAAGCCAGGACAACAGACGGCACGUACGGGAAGGUGGACCACAUCUACGACGAGCCCGAAGGUUGCGCGGCGCCCACAGGGCCGCCGGCAGCGCCUCACCCCUCGGUCUACGACGACCCAGAGGAGAUGAGAGGAGACGCCUGGAGGAUCAUGGGUACCUCUGUCGACCCCAAAGGCCACGAGUAUCCCUACAACCCCCGCGUGGACGACUACGCCGUGCCCAGGAGGCCCAAGAGGGCAUUUGCUUCCCAGAAGAGCAUCGCUAGUGAAGAAGAGGAGGAGCAGAAACAGGAGGAGGAGCUGCAGGAGGAGGAGGUGGAGGGCAACGAAGAGCAGGAGCUGGAGGAGAAACGGUUUUCACCGUACGACAACCUGGUCGUUAAAAUGGCCUAAAGGAGACAGAGCAGCUGUUUCAUCCACCUAUCACCUGGCUGGAUGGAGGAACUCCAGUAACUUAGCACGCUUUAUUAAGCAGCUUCCAAGUUGAAGGACCCAUAGCUACCUGUAGCUCCAUGGACCCGUAGCUACAAAAAUCUGUAGCUGCCUGUAGCGCAGCAGACUGCAAACCAUCUGAAAAACUGUAGCUUGAGGUAAAGAUGAAGCCGCUGUUGUUGUGUGACUGCUAACCUCUGCAGCUAACCAGCUAUGCUAAAGUAAAUAUUUCCUGUGUUUGUCUAAUUUUGAUCCGUUUCAUUGAUGUCUUCAUGCUGUAGUUGGUGUUUUGAUGUCAUUAAACAGAACCGAUGAAGCUUUAA